AUGGAGGAAGACGAGCUCAAGUUCGUCCUGUAUCAACGUGCGGUGCAGUCUCCCCGCGGUGACAUCAGCUAUCUGCUUAAGUUCUUUCUCAACUACGUGGGCGGCCGCGUCCCCCAGCACCUGCACGAGGACUUCUGCGGCACAGCGCUCAUAUGUGCCGAGUGGUUACGAGGAGAUCCCCGUCGCACUGCCCUCGGCCUAGACAUUGACGAGCAGGCCCUCACCUGGGGCAUUCGUGAAAACUUUUCCAGCCUGCCCGGCUCAGCCCGUGGACGCGCAUGCAUGCUGCUUGGAGACGUGCGUGACCCUCUCACCUCCGCCCGCUUUGCGUGCCCGGACGUUUUAGACGAACCAGAGGGCGAGAGCGAGCAAUCAAGUGCAACCAGGGAGGUACGGGACUCAGGGGAAGUUGAUGCAGCUGCUGCUGCUACCGUUGCUGUAGGCCCCGUCUGGCCUCAAUUGGAAAGGCUGCGACGGCAACGUGCGGACCUGAUCUGUGCGUUCAACUUCAGCUCCUGCUGCCUCCUGCAUCGCUCCGAGCUUCUGGCCUACUUCAAGAGCGCUCGCGCUAGGCUUGCAGGCAGUGGGAGUGGUGCGGAGGGUGUGGCAGAUGGUGCGGCUGGCAGUGGUGGUGGUGGAGGAGGGGGAGGGGGAGGGGUGUUUGCAAUGGAUCUGUAUGGAGGCACGUCUUCUGAGGGGGCAUUGAAGCUGCACCGGAGAUAUGGCGACAUGGAUUACACGUGGGAGCAGGAGCGCUUUGAUGCUGUGACGCGCACCACCCGCAUAUCUCUGCACUUCCGCGUGCCACAUGACUGGGCGCCUGCCUCGUCCUCCGCCCCUGCAACACACUCCACACCACGCAGAGGCGGCAGGAAGCGCCAGCAGCCCAAGCGCGUCUUGCGCAGUGCAUUCAGCUACAGCUGGCGCCUCUGGACAAUCCCCGAAGUGCGUGAGUUGAUGCAGGAGGCAGGUUUUGACUCUGUCCACGUGUGGAUGCGCAAGAUGCCGGAUCUUGCCGACCGGGAGGAUGAGGAAGAGGAGGUGGAGAUGGAUGAGCAUGCUUCUUUUGAAGAGCUCACUGUGUGCACGGGCCCUCUCUUCUUUGACAUCUCUCCCCUGUGGCUGGAGUGGCUGCACUUUGUGCACCUCAUGGGAGCCCACCACGUCACAGCAUACACCAUCGACAACGAUAGCUACUCCCUCUCGCCCGUCUCCCGCACUCUCCUCCGCUUCUCCGCCCUCCGCUGGCCCUCGUUUCUCUCCCUCGUGCUCUGGGACCUGCCUUUCACCGAGCCCCCUCACAUUCUUCUCCGUGAUCCCACCACCGGAAUGCUUCUCUUCCGCAGCUGGUGGUAUCCCCAUGUGCCCUCUCCUUCCUCACCCCCUCCUCCAUCUUUGUCUGAUGCUGCUGCUUUUCCGCACAUCCCAACCCAGCCACCGCCACUACUGACAGCAAGCAGCACGCAUAGGGACCGGCGCAUGUUUCAGAACCGCCAGCGAGCCAAAUAUGCCUUCCCGCUAGGAGGCGCCAUUGCCUUCAGCAUACACCGCCCCGUGCUCCUCUCACAGGGAAAGCUUCUUGUGGAUGUUCCAAUGGAUACAGCGUACAUUCGCCACAUCACAUCCCCCACCGAUACUGAGCUGCCAAGUGGACACGACAUGGCAGCAUUUCCUUAA